GGGGAGGAGGACAGUGAAGAGGGGAGGCGGUUUCCAGCUUUUCCUCAGUGGUCGCACGCGCGAGGUUUGCUGAAGGAGACGCGAGCGGACGCGCGAAGCCGAAGUGGAUCGAGAGCCACAUCACAGGCAGGCGCGCGUGCCAUUGCGCGUCAGGCUGCUCCGGUGCGCAGCAAACCGACUCAAGUGCGCACGUUGUUGUUUCCCUCAGUGAGACUGGUGCCCGUGUGAACGGACUGAGAGGGUCGGGAGGACAGACACACCGACCACCGGGAAAGUUGGAGGAGCGCGAGCGGACGGCGGUCAGGCGGCGCCUUGGAUGUUUAACGUGUAGGGAAAGUGUUUGUUUCUCCGUUCACGAGCCGACCUCUCCGGAUGAACCGUGGAUACUCCGACGCGCGCCGCUGCACCGGAACAUGCGGUCCGUCACGGACUCUGUGAGCGUUUGUCCCUCCGCGCUGCUCUGAGUCCACCGAGGAGGCUCCGGGCUCCCCGUCAGCACCGUCUCCAGGGGUAGUUAGUCGCUCCACCAUGUCGGCGGCAGUUCUGCUGGUUUCCGUUUCAGAAAGAGACAGAGAGUGAGAGACGCCGGGAGGGAGAGGGGCAGAGCCGGGGCUGAAGCGGACCGGACGGCGCCGAGACCUGAACCUUCAUUCCGUUUUACUGCCCCGUAGGAUUACUGCUGGACGCGACAUGAUCCUGAUUAACAUCGUCACUUUGGUGUUUGUGCUAGAUGUGUGUGUGUGUGACUCAGAGCUGGGCCCCCCCGGCUGGAGGGAACCUCUGGACUGCGUCCGAGCCUCUGAACUGUGCAACCAGAACAGCCAGUGCAGCUCUCGUUACCGGAUCAUGCGCCAGUGCCUCUCUGGGGGGGACAAGGAGCGCAGCGCCAUGCUGGCCUCCAAGGAGUGCCAGGGGGCGCUGGAGGUGCUGCAGGACUCGCCCCUGUACGACUGCCGCUGCAAGAGAGGCAUGAAGAAAGAGCUGCAGUGUCUGCAGAACUACUGGAGCAUCCACAUGGGUCUGACUGAGGGGGAGGAGUUUUACGAGACGUCUCCCUACGAGCCGAUCCAUUUCUCUGAGGAAUUCCGACACGCCUCCAUCAUCUCAGAUUCGUCUUUGUCGAAGAUGAGCCCCUGCUCGGAGGCGGGGAAACCCUGUAACCCCUGCCUGGACGCAGCGAAGGCGUGUAACCUCAACGAGACGUGUAAACGUUUGCGCUCCGCAUACAACUCCAUCUGCAGCAAGGCCACGCCCCCACAGCCCUCUCUGGCCAAUCAGGAGCCAUGUAGCCGGAAAAGAUGUCAGAAGGCCCUGCGUCAGUUCUUCGAGCGGGUCUCGUGGGAGUUGAGCUACCCUCUGCUGUUCUGCUCGUGCCCGGACCAGGCGUGCGCCGAGCGCCGCCGCCGCACCAUCGUCCCCUCCUGCUCCCACCAGGAGAGGCACAAGCCCAGCUGCCUGGAGCUCCGACGCACCUGCCGCUCCGACGCUCUGUGCAGGUCUCGGCUCGCCGAUUUCCACAUGAACUGCCAGAUGACGUCUCACACCGUCACCAGCUGCCCCCACGAUAACUACCACGGCUGCCUCAUGUCCUACGUCGGCCUCAUCGGCUCAGAUGUGACGCCUAACUACAGCGACAGCAGUCCCUCCAACAUCACCAUCAGCCUGUGGUGCACCUGCAGGGGCCCCGGCAGUCAGGAGUCCGACUGCGACGCCUUCCACCGGGACUUCACACACAACACCUGCCUCAAAAAUGCCAUCCAGUCGUUCGGUUACGGCUCAGAGGGAGGGACUCUUUUUGUCACCGAGCCGUCGUCCACGUUCUUACCCCCCGCCCAGCCGCCGGUCAUGUCCAGACCUGCUCCCUCUCUGCAGGGCAAUGCAGUCAAACCCCUGGACAGCGCUUGUAUGUUUUCCACCUGUGCUAACCUGCAGGAUGGAGGCCAGAAGUGCAUCCCCUCUGAUGAGUUUGAGUGUGAGGAGACUCUGUUGGCCCAGGGGUCAAUUGACUCUCAGGACUCUGCGGGGCCCAAGAGCAGCAGCCGGCAAUCAGCUCCACUCAUCCACCACGUCUCCGUGUGUGUGUCCAUCCUGCCAGCAUUUCUACUCGUUGUCUCAUAAACAUGAACUCUCACACACGCACACACACACACACAGACACACACACACACACAUAUAAAUAAAUGGCACAUAAAUGGCACGACCCAGCGAAAGUCACAUGACUCGGCGCCCUCCACUAUGAGAAAAUGUCAACCUCCAAACAGCAGCUGUUCGAGGAUGCAGAGCACACAGAUGAUGAUGAAGGAGAAGAAUGGAGGAAGAAGAAGAGGAGACUGAAGGACUGUGUGUUUUGUGAGGGACAGAAACAACAGAGAGACUCUUGGGAGUUUGGAUCACAGUGAUUUUAUUUCCAGCGCUCUGCGUCUGGAUGGUUUGGUGCGUUCUGUGCAGCUCUGACUCGCUCCCUGCAGCUUUUCUGGAUCUGAGACAAGCUGGGCUGAAACACAGGGACUUUGGCUGCAGCACAGAACCGCGGACAAAAAAAUACUGACAACAAGUCUUAAAAUGGGCAGCAUGACGGAGAGAUGACUGGCUGGACAGAUGGGGAAGAUCCCUCCACUGUGUUUGUCAGCUCAAUUAAUCACUUCUUGGACCUCUCUUGUGGCAAGAAACCUAUACUGCAUACACACACACACACACACACACACACACACACACCCAUACACACACGCACACACACACACACUGUCCCUCCCCUUACACCUCGUUAGCGGGCAAACAGGGUCCCCACACGAACACUCAUGCUGUACACCAGUGUGCUUUUUGCGGGUCUUUAUCUUAAUUUUGUUGUUGACAUUCUGUACAAACUUCAUUUAAUGUGGAAUAUGAAAAAAGUCUCUCCAGUCUCAGUGGAAGAGUGUGUAUUUCACAUACUGUGAGUAUACUGUAAUAGUUGUGUGAGUGCAAGUGUGUGUGUGUGUGUGUGUGUGUUUGUCCUUCUUUAUGUGUGAUUGUUUGGGGAGUGUGUGUGUGUGUGUGUAUUUCUGUGGGUUGUGUGUGGACAUUCGUGUGUGUGUGUGGCAGCAAAGAAAGACAAUAAUGACUGAAAUCUUUAAAGCAGCUGAAUACCAACCUGUGAAAUUGUGCUACUGUUGAAUACUUAAUGUUGACAUUUAAAUAUCACUGAACUGGUAGAACUGAAAAUGUGUCCAGAGGGUAAUUUUCAAGGGGUAAACAUUCAAAAAGUGGAGUUUAAAGAGCAAUUUGUAGGUUAAACUUCUUAAAGAUUUUACACUUAAAGGUGCGAUGUGUAAGAUGCAGCCAUAAGUUUAGUUAAAACAUUAAAAACAUUCCAACAUCAUCAUCAGACUGUGAAGAAACCACAGUGUUGACGUUCUGUCAGAGACGUCUCUGUGUUGUCUAGCAGAUGUCUUCUGAAGUUAGCAUGCUAACAGCUAGCUGCAGACCGGCCUGUCUGUAAUACCACUUUGUACCACCAGAGGCCCCCGUACUUUCUGCUGGAGAUGAAUACGAGCAGCAAGAUCGAAGAAGUUUCACAAGCUCUCUUAGAGUUCAGUGCGAUAAAGAAACAAACUCACAAAAUGUCCAGAAAAUCAAACCACACACAUUUGAACUCAAGUUUCUGUCUUUUACCAAACUAAGAUGAGACAAACCUGAACAUCAAUCUGGGUUACCAAUGAAAACAAUGAAUCAAUCAGACCUCUGUCCAAUCACAUACAAGAAAGACAAAGUGGGAGUUUUUGAACCCAAAAUGUUUCCAUUUGUUUAACUCCAAAUAACCACAAAGAUUAAAUAAAAUUAUAAAAUCAGCAUUUAGAGUUCGAUAGUAGACAAACUUCAUAAUUCAGUAUUCAGUUUCUUAUAACAUUCAAAUAAUAACGUCCUUCUUUGCUUCCAUAAAUGUGUUUAACUUCUGUGUGUAUGGUUUCUUCAGUGUGUUCUUUACCUCUGGCCACUCUGUGGGGUAUUUUUUAUGUUUCAUAGAAGCUAACGGGAAGUGGAACAGGAAUAAAGACCUGUUGGUAAGACGGCCACCAGGUCAGGGUCUCGAGUGGAUCGUCACCUCUUGCCCUCCAUCAGCAGGAAGUAAAAGAAAGAUCAGUUUCUGUGACUAUGGUGUGGCCUUACUUUACUGUUCUUUCUUAUAUACUUGAAAGUGGCAGAGUGAUUAUUAUUAUUGUUGCCCCGCCAGCGGCCAGAAAGAGGAUUCCAGUGUCCAACACUUGGUGCAGAGCAAGACUGUCCAAACCAGCUAGACUGCCAUUAAAUUAGGCACCAUGGUCACCACAGGGUGAGUCAUAUUACAGCACCACCACCUGGGCACUUUUUCUCUUUUUCUCUCAUUUGCAUGCUAAAAUUUUAAGUUUGCAAACAUGAUCAUAAAGUCUACUGUAAAUGUGAGAUUUACGUGAAAUUAGCUACAGAUUUUCAUGGUUCCCAGAAGAUGAACUUUUAAUAUUUGGGACGGAGACUUACUGGUCAGCUUUUGUUUUCUGCUGUCGCCUGGCUAAACUGAGAAAUUUUUACAGCUAACAGCAAUCUUUGUCGUCAGGAUUUCAAUUCAUUUAGCUGUAUAUAUUCAUGGUCCCCACAGUUCCCAUCCUUUAUCUCAGCUACUGUUAAGGUUCCAAAGAAAAGUUAACUCAUUAGUCUUUUCUUCAGUUCAAAACUUUUCCUCUGUUGGCUGUAAUGAAGACUGCAGCCACUAGGGGCCGCUAGCGGGGCUUUACACGCUUGGCGAUUAUGAGGAGGGAGAAACGAGGAGACGAGUGGGGGAAAAGGUGAAAGUGCGGAUGUAAAUUUGCUGAUUUAUUUGUAAACUUUAACAGCGCUACAGCAGUGUAACUGAAAUCUGUGUCUGGAGAUCUAAAUAAAAGUAACAUCU